AUGUCUGCUGCUACUUUUACUAGUAUUCCUUCCAUUUCCAAGGUUAAUUCUAUUUCAUCGAAUACUUCUAAUAAGAUAAGAUUGCCUUCUAUUAGUGAAUUAACCAGCAAUAAAAAUAUAUCAAAUUCUCCAAAAUCAACAACAUCUCCAAAUGGUUAUUCUUCUGUUGGUUCUCCGAAUGAAUAUAAUUUCAAGUAUUCAAUUAAACCAUUAUCUAAUGAUUAUAUGUUAACUAAUGCAUCUACAUCUGCAAACGUUCAAAAAUUACCUUCUCCUACCUUACCUUAUGAACAAUCUAAUCAAACUAAUAAUUCUCCAAUGCAUUCUAAUCGACAAUCUCCAACCUAUUAUACUCCUGCUUAUUACUAUCAACAUGCUCCCCCUCAACCUCGUGCCAUGUCAUUUCAAGGUGUUCCUGCUACUGCUAAUGCUUCUAACGGGUCUGCUGCUGCUUAUUUACCGGAAGUGAUUAAUAAACCAACCAAUAAAUGUCAUAGAUGUGGUACUACCGAAACUCCAGAAUGGAGAAGGGGUCCAAACGGUGUUCGUACCUUGUGUAAUGCUUGUGGUUUAUUUCAUGCUAAAUUAGUUAAAAGAAAAGGUGCUGCUUUUGCUGCUGAAGAAGUCUUGAAUAAUAAAGUCUGUAAAGGUAAAAAUGGUCGUAGAAUAUCAAUCAAAAAACAAAUGUUGGAUGAUAAUCAUUUGAGUCGUCCUCAAUACCAAUCUAAUCCAAUAAUGGGUCAUCAACCCCAUAUGUUACCUCCUCAACCUCAUAUGUUACCUCCUCCAAUUAUAAAUCCAGGUUACUCUAGCAUUCCUUUAUCUCAUAAUUAA